AUGGCGGUUACAAAUGGGCGCCCACUGCUGGCCCACCAGGAAGCAAAAGACACCGAAGCUGCUUCCAAAACAGCCCUGAACCCACUUGAUUUGGGUGUGCAAACUCGAUCAACUUUACGACGUGGACUUGUUAAAGAGGCUCCACAAAUCAGACCACGACGAAUUGCCGCUACCGGACAGGCAUCUAAACGAGCAGCGGCAGAUGUUCCCUCUGGCCCGAUCUCUCUAUCCCCCUUGCCUCUCUUCCCCUCCUCCUCCUCCUUCUCCUCAUUCUCUUCCUUCUCCUCCUCCUCCUCCUUCGUUACGAGAGCAUCCUCCUCCAAGCAGAAGUGUCACUGGUCCAACCCAGUUGACAGCAUCGAAGGCUCAUCUUGGCCUCCAACAAUAAGCCUAACAUCCGCCCACCACACCUCCAGUCUCAUGCCACCUUGGCUACAACCCCACAUGAGGGAUGGGCCUCUGCGUUGUGGUGACUCCUCGGCUGCUUUGAGCCCCAAACUGCGAGGUCAGUCAAGCAUGCAGCAUCCCCAAGGGGACUCGAACUCGUAUUGUGCUAGUGUCGCGUCUAGUCUCGACAUGUCAACCAACACGCCCUACUGCAACCAGGGCACUCGUGGCAAUGUGGCCGAGUGGUUAACGUGUCAAGCUCACAUUCUGCCCUGUCACGGUUCGACUCCCGCUGGGGGUGUUGAUAAGAGCGAUGCGAGGUCGAAACUGCAGUCCACUGGUGCCUGGAUGAGAACAACUUUUGGGGAAGCUGGGCUAUGUGAAAUUCAAUGGAAACACCAAGCUGAUGUGGCCUCCGGUAUGGUGGCAGGUUGUAGUUUGGUUUGGAGAAUGGCAGCACUCACUGAUGAUGUCGACCACGAGGCCGGUGAAACGUUUGAGAAUGUACCAAGUCCACCGUCUGAUGCUGUGAAUCAUGACAACUACUAUGGCGGACGACUUCAGGUUAGGUGCGUUCUACUACGUCGCCCUGACAACAAGACCAAGUUGCGACAACGAGGUCAACCCACUUCAAUGUAG